GCCAGCGCCGCCCGCCAUGUACUCCAACCCGCUGUCCAGCUUCUACGCGUCGUUGGGUCAGUCGCGGUUCCCGCCGGCGUCGCCCGGGGCCUCGUACGCGACCGAGCAGCUGCUGCGGGCGCGCGGGCCCCACCUGGUGUACCCGGUGCCGGCGCGUGCCCUGCCGCCGUCCGUGGAGGCCGCCGAGGGCUACGCGGAUCGCGAGCCUGAGCAGCUGGAGAAGCGCCGGCCGGUGCUGAAGUUCAGUGUGAACGCCAUCCUGGGAGACGACAGGGACGGCGAAGAGCCUCCGAAGAAAGAGUCUGUGACGUACCGGCCUGGUCCCGGGUGCUCCGGCGUGCUGGCUACGCCGAAGCCCCUGUACAGGUCCCUGUUCGACACACCCCUGCACUCGCUGCUCACCAGCAGGUCACACUAUCUCACAGUUCCUACCACAUCGGGAUGUCAGCGCCUGACGACGUCCAUGCUGCCCCUAGCCGGCACCUUCUCCUGCUGGCCGACGUCACCCAGGGGCAAACCUCGGCGCGGUAUGCUGCGCAGGGCCGUCUUCUCCGACCUACAGCGGCAGGGUCUCGAGAAGCGCUUCCAGGUGCAGAAGUACAUCAGCAAGCCGGACAGAAAGAAGCUGGCCGAGAAGCUCGGACUGAAGGACUCACAGGUCAAGAUAUGGUUCCAGAACCGGCGCAUGAAGUGGCGCAACUCAAAAGAGCGCGAGCUGCUGGCUAGUGGCGGCACGCGCGAACAGACGCUGCCUAACAAGAACAACCCUCACCCGGACCUGACGGACGUGGGCGACGCGGCCGGCAGCCCAGCGCCCGUCACCGGCCGCGACAGUGACGUGGACGUCACGGAGGAGGCCGACGAGGCCGAAGAGGAUGUGGCCGAACAGCUGCCGCGCUCGCCGGCCCGACGCUCGCCGUUUGGCGUCUAGCGGACAGGGCAGCCCCGUCCCCUGAUCUCCAGCGGGCCCUGAACUCCUGACGUCUCGGGAGGCCCUCCGGCUCCCUCGCCAGCGCUGGCGGCGAGGGGCCUCGCGUCAGCAACAGCCCCCGCUCCCUGGCCUGCAGACAUCCCGGGCCGUCCUCUCGCCCGCCGGUUCGGCUGGCCGGCGCUCUCUCUCCCCGCUCGGCGCUGGUGGACGGCGUAGCGCGACGGCGCCUCCGCCUACCGACUGCUGCGACCGAUAGUCGGCAGCGCCCUCUCGGCGCCGGGCGAAGAGGUGAAGCUUUGAGCGACUCUGUCCAGGCGGCGCCAGCAGAGAACGAGGACCCACGCCCGCUCUCCUGGUUCAAAGAUCACUCGGCUUGCAGCAGAGACACCCUCCCCUUCCCGGUCGCUACCAAACUCAGAGACUGCUGCCGAAUGCCAAGAUACGCUGAGUGUGGAGUUCAUGUCGCCCGGAUCUCUGGCCGCCGGCGGCGCACGGUGUCCGGCUAGCUCCGGCUCGCAGAGCGACAUGAUGGUAGCUUGCAGCACCCUCUGGAACAUUGGGGACGGGGGACGGCGUGCUGGCCGUUCAGGGUCCCUUAAGGACGUUUGAGCUGAGAGGGUGCUACACCCAGCGGCCUAGGCGUGGAUUCGCCAGCGCGACGUUCGCCGCUGCCGGCACAGCUGUUAAUAGGAUGCGCAACUCUCAAAGCCAAAUGUGUCAAAGGGUGGAGCGUGAAGAGCAUUUAUGAUUGCAUGAAGCUCCAUAAUUAUGACGAGAAUCAAGCGUCAGUAACCAUUUUGGUUAGCUCUGUUCGGCUGCAGCGGGGAGCAUUCCAGCACGAAGGCAUGACACCGGCGUUGCGUCGCGCUGCUGGUAUAAUUGCGCAGUACAAUGCCAAGCCGCCCUUUUUGCAUCACUCGAUCGCUGGUGCUCGGCUGGCAUGGUGCGGUGACCUAAACGUUUUGUUCGCAAAUUACCCUGAACAUAUGCAUUGGAUAGGGGAUCCGCCUGUCGCCCAGUUUUUUUUUUCCAAAAUCGAAGACAAAUUUAGCAUGCCAACGAGCGGCGUGGUUGCGGGUAACGCAGCUUAUCCGCAAAAUAAGACAGAAAUCGGGUUUCUUCCCAGAUUUGGUCCGCUUUCCCCUCAAAGCUAGGGGAGCGGAUCUGGGGCCCUCCCUCCAACUGAACACGAAGCUACACAUCUGAUCGCAGCCAACAAUCUUUAGGCAUAUCUUCUAACAGGAGAACGAGAUGUCAAUCAUGAGCUGUUCAACGAGCCCACCAUGCCACGCAAUGCCUAUUCGCCGAGAGCAGCUGCUGCCGUCCGCGGAAGAAUACGAAGGAGUGGCAUCAGAUCCGGCACCAGGACAAGGCCAUAAAUCUGUCACUUCCGGCGGGUGUGUGUGCAGCUAACAAACUUCACUUUCCAUCAGGAUAGCUUUGUCAGAAAAUUUGCAUCAUUGAUGGAAUCGAUCGAUCACUUAACUUUCCAUUAUCUGUAAUUAUUCAUAGUUUAUUUAGGCGGUAUGUGACCCCACUGAUCAGCAGUUCCAUCACAGACAUGCAGCACUGUUCAUUCUU